AUGGCAGAACAUUCAACUACAAAUAAAAAACCAGUCAUCGCUCUUGAUUGUGAUGGAGUUCUUUUGGAUUAUCAUGCAACUUUUGGUAAAAUCUAUGAAAAAACAUUUGGAAAACAAUUAUCAGUUGUUUCACCAAAAGCUUAUCAUGUGAGAGAAAUGUAUGGUGUUAAAUUUACUGAUGAAGAAGAUAAUCAAUUUGAGGAAGUAUGGAGGGAACAUGCUUGGAAAACAAUGCCAAUGUAUGAUGGAGCAUUAGAAGCAUGUCUUUUAUUACAUGAAGCUGGUUAUGAAUUAGUUUGUGUUUCAGCAAUGCCUGCAGAAUAUGUUGAACAUCGAUUAGAAAAUUUUCGUUUACAUGGUUUUCCUAUUGAUAAAGUUAUUGGUACAGGUUAUGGUCAUAGUGAUUAUAAGAAAAAUCCAAAAAAACAAAUUAUUGAAGAUCUACAUCCAAUUGUAUUUGUUGAUGAUUUAAAAAGAAAUUUUAAAGAUAUUCAAGAUGUUCAUACAAAAUUUGUUUUUAUUGAUCGAGAAUAUCAAAAUACUCCCAAUUCAAAUGAAAUUAUUUAUUAUGAUGUUAAAUAUUCAUCUCUUCUAGAAUUUGCUCAAGAUUUUCUUAAAAGUGAAGAACAUGGACGAAGUAUUGAUUGGUCAGAAAGACCGGCUCAUCUUAUUCCUUCGAAGUAA